UACAAUAUCAUCACAUCAAAGAUCCGUGAACAUGAUUUCGGAAAAAUUGUCAUGUUUAAAAACUUCCUGAUGGAUUUCAGUCUUUCAUUUGUUGUUGCUGUUUUCUUUUAUCUCAUUGUUGAAGAACCGUUUUGUUUGAUUGGAAAAUAUGUUGCUAACUACAUCGUUGGACUUAAAUGUGAAUCAAUCGGUAAACUAAUAGGUAAACUUUGCAGCUCACAUAUGAAAACAAAAUCUUCAACUAUUGAUAAGACCUUAACACCUCAUAAGACUGAUGAUAAUAAGGUUUAAUGGCCUGAAUGAAUAAUUACAGUGAACUCUCGCUAAAACAUACUUUCGUUAUAACAUUUCUCUCGUUACAACAUUCAUUUCGAAAAUAAUUUUUAGAAAAUGAGGUCUGUGCCUCAAAGACUAUAAGGUACCUGUUAUGAUUUUAACUUAUUCAGUGUCUCAACUUUUUUCUGAGAAUACUAUGUAGGUUUCAAGAAUUCUUUCAAGAAAUUAGUU